AAAUUGAAAUGAGUUUGACCAGUAACAGUAAUAAACAAAAUUAAUUAAUGAUAGUAGUGAAUUAAAAUUAUUUCUGGAGAUAGGAAUAGAAUAAAUAAAAUAAAAUGAGUGUGGUCAAUGGAAAUUAUAAAAAAUUCAAAUUAGUACCACCAGAUGGAGGUUGGGCGUACGUCAUUUGUUUUGCUUGCAUUUUGAUACUUGCACCAACUGGAGGAUUUAGACCAUCAUUUUCUUUAAUGUAUCAUGAUUUGAUGGAAGAAAUAGGGAUGGCUAGCACCAAAAUUGGAUUCGUAGCUGGAUGCAAUGUCAUGGCACUCUCAUUAUCAGGUUAUUUAACGAGUCCGUUGAUAAAAGUGAUGAGUGUGCGACAGCUGGCGUUCCUAGCGACGGCUUUGUACAAUAUUGGAGCGUUGUUAUCUGCUUUCACAUAUUCGUUUACUGCCUUUACGAUUUGCCAGUCUUUGCUGCAGAAUGUUGGUUUCGGAAUAUUGUACAAUUUAGUGUUUACUUGUAUGAAAGAUUAUUUUUCAACGAAACGAUUGCGUGCUGUCAGUCUUAUCCAGACAAUAAACGCAAUUGCAUCGGUGUGUGUACCGUAUGUAAUUAAGAAGGCCACAGAAAAUUAUGGAACUCGAGGAAUGUUGGUUUUCAUAUGCGGAAUCAGCAUGCAUGCUUUCAUUGGAGUAAGUUUUUUACAACCAGUGGAAUGGCAUGCGAAGAAAGAAGAAAUAGUAGAAGAACAUAGCAAAGAGAUGAAGAAUGAAUCGCCUAAAACUGAAAAACAUGAAGACAAAACCUAUACAACUGGCAAGGGAAAAGAAAGUGGAAAGAUGCAAGAAGGAAAUCAACAAUCUGCAUUUAGAAUUUUCUGGAAAAGUCUAAUCGACGUCAAGGUUUUGAAAGAAUUUGGAUUAUCUCGUACCUGUUUGGGUUUGAGUACAGUAUUUGUAGCAGAUUUUCUAUAUUCUUUGAUGCUUACUAAAGCAUUUUACGCAAAAGGCAUGAGUCGAGAAAAUGUGACAUCGUUUAUGACUUCAAUAGCAAGUGGAGACUUGGCAACGAGAAUAGCUUUUACAUUUUUCAGUGAACGCAUAAAGAAACUGGGAAGUAAACAAUUGUUUGCUGUUGGGAGUUUACUAUCAUUCAUAGCGAGAUCAGGGGCACUGUUGUCAAAUGACAAAACGUACAUUCUAGUAUUUUUAACCAUAACUGGAAUAGCUAGAUCGUUUGGCACCACCCUCAUUCCUGUGGUCAUCGCCGAUGCUGUAGUUCCGGAAGACUACACAGCUGGUUUGGGUAUCACAUUGCUGAUUAUUGGAGCGCUAAACUUAUCAGUGGGACCAAUUACAGGGGCAAUUCGAGACUACACUGACAGCUAUGAGUUGGUUUUGGGAUUCGUAUGCCUCCUGUUUUUGGCAGUCACAGUUCUAUUUGCAGUGGAUAUUAGAAGUAAUAAAAAUAGGAGUAAAAAGGAAUGACGCAUUUAUCAGUCGUAUGAAUUAGUUAUCCAUGCUGUAUGGAACUAUUAAGUAGUAUUAUGUAGCUUAAUUAAGGUGAAAACUCUUUCAAUUAUUCAUCUAUAGAUAUAAAUAACUCAAUGUUUUAA